GGCCUCGCGGCGGCCCGCAGGCCUCGGGGGGUCCCGUCGGCUUUGUGGGGGUGUCGGCGGCUAUUUGGGGAUCCCCAAAGCUUUUAGGGGGGUCCCGCGGGUCUUUGAGGGGGUCUCGGGGACUCCACAGCGCGGGAGGAGGGGGAGGCCGGGGCCCCGCGGGCGCUGUGAGGGGACCCCGGGCCCGGCGGCGCUUUUGGGGGUCCCCACAUGCAAUAGGAGUAGGGGGCACCCUGCGGGCGCAUUUUUGGGGGGCUCUGGGCCUCGGGGAGGGGGUCACAGUGCCUCGGUGACCCUUGGAGGGGUCUCCCUACAUCUGUGUAAUUUUGGGGGAGGUCUCAGGCUCUCAUCAAUACCUGAGGGGGAUCCCAAUCUCCGCAGGCCCUUUUGGGGUGCCCCCGACCCAUAUCGGUUUUUUUAGGGGUUGUGCUCCCCAGUUCCCCUCAGGGCCCUCCGCUGGCCGCGAUCUGGGGGGGCUUUGGGGGUGUUUAUAGGGGAGCAGCCUAGGGGUUGAUUUUGGUUUUUUUUUUUUUUUUGAGUUUUUUCUUUUUGAGGGAGUUGUUUCAGGGGUGUUUUUGGGGCGCUUUUCGAGGCUGUUCUUGUGGUUUUGCUGAGGUUGUUCUGGGGGGAUUCUGAGGCUGGUUUUGGGGUUUUUUUAGGCUGUUUUGGAGAUCUUUUUGAGGCUGCCUUUGGAGUGAUUUUGAGGGUGUUUUUUGGUUUAUUUAUUUUUUUUUUUUUUGAGGGGAUUUUCGGGGGUCUGGCGGGCAGCGCGCGGAUGUCCCGGGCCGGGGGGGGUCGCGGGGGUCCGUAGGGUCGGGGGUCGCCCCAGGGGCCCGGCCAUGGCCUCGGUGCCCGUGUACUGCCUGUGCCGCCUGCCCUACGACGUGACCCGCUUCAUGAUCGAGUGCGAUGGCUGCCAGGACUGGUUCCACGGCAGCUGCGUGGGGGUGGAGGAGGAGGCGGCGGCGGAGAUCGACCUGUACCACUGCCCCCAGUGCGCCGUGCUCAGGGGGCCUUCCGUCAUGAAGCGGCGCCGUGGCCCGGCCAAGGUCCCGGAGCAGGACCCCGGCCGUCCGGCCCGCACGGGCAGUGCCCAGUUCAUCCGGGAGCUGCGGGGCCGCACCUUCCCCAGUGCUGACGAGGUGCUGCUGCGGCCCAGCGGGGCCCAGCUGACGGUGGAGUACCUGGAGGAGAACAGCUUCAGCGUGCCCAUCCUGGUGGCACGGCACGAGGGGCUGGGCAUGACCCUGCCCCCGCCGUCCUUCACCCCCCGCGACGUCCUGCACCACGUCGGGGCUGACAAGGUGGUGGCCGUGCUGGACGUGGGGCGCCAGGCCGAGCUGCGCAUGCGCCUCGGGGACUUCGUGGCCUACCUGGGGGGACCCCGGCGCGAGCGCGUCCUCAGCGUCACCGGCCUGGAGUUCUCGGACACGCGGCUGUCGAACCUGGUGCAGACCCCACGGAUUGUGCGGAAGCUCUCGUGGGUGGAGAACCUGUGGCCGGGGGAGUCGGCGCGGGAGCGGCCGAGCGUGCAGAAAUUGUGCCUGAUGGGGGCCAAGGACAGCUACAGCGACUUCCACAUCGACUGCGGGGGCACCUCGGCCUGGUACCACGUGCUCAGGGGCGAGCAGAUCUUUUACCUGGCGCGCCCCUCGGCCGCCAACCUGGCGCUGUUCGAGGCCUGGAGCAGCUCCCGGAACCAGCCCGAGCUCUUCUUCGGGGACCAGGUGGAUCGGUGCUUCCGGUGCCACCUGCGCCAGGGCCAGACCCUCUUCAUCCCCACAGGCUGGAUCCACGCCGUGCUGACCCCCGUGGACUCGCUGGCCUUUGGGGGGCAUUUCCUGCACAGCCUCAACAUUGGCAUGCAGCUCAGGGCGUACGAGCUGCAGCGCCGCCUCAACACCCCCGACCUGGCCAAGUUCCCCAAUUUUGAGACCAUCUGCUGGUACGUGGGGAGGCACCUGCUGGACACCUUCCGAGGGCUGCGGGAGAACCGCCGGCACCCCGCGGCCUAUUUGGUGCUGGGAGCCCGAGCCCUGACCGGAGCCUUCCGAGCCUGGACCCGCCGAGAGGUCCUGGCAGAGCACGAGCAGGAGAUCCCCGAGACCGUCCGGCCGGGGCAGCUGGUCAAGGAACUGGGCAGGGAGAUCCGGCUGGCAGAGGAGCUGUUCCAGCAGAGCACGGGAAUGUCGGGGACCCCCUUUGGACCCCCCUGGGGGGUCCCAGCCCCCAAAAAAGGGGGACCUCGUAAGCCUCCCCCCAACUCUCGCACCUCCAACGAGGGGGGAACCCCAAAUCCCCCCCCGGCCCCCCCUGAGGAGGAUGAGGAGGUUGAUCCCCCCAGCUCCAGCCCGGAGGAGACGGACCCCGACUCCGAGGGGGACCCCCAGAUCCUGCUGGCCAACGGGGGGACUCGGGUGACCCUAAUCCCAUGUCCCCAAUCCCAUUUUUGGGGUGACCCCAAUCCCAUUUUUGGGGUGUCCCCAGGGCUCCCCCGGAAGCUGCCCCGGGCCAAGCCCUGCUCGGAUCCCAACCGCGUGCGGGAGCCAGGAGAGGUCGACUUCGACAUCGAGGAGGAUUACACCACGGACGAGGAGGAUGAAGGGGGCGCUGGGGGCAGCGCCGGGAUCCUGGACCUGCUCAAGGCCAGCCGGCAAGUGGGGGGCUCCGAGUACCCCCAGCUCAGCGAGGCCCCCGCCUCCCCCAGCACGCGCGAGGCCAUCCAGGGCAUGCUCUGCAUGGCCAACCUGCCCGCGGGGACCCCCCUGGGACCCCCAAACUGGUGGGGAGGGGGCGGGGGGACCGAAAGGGGGGGUCCUGGGGGGUCUGGGGGGCCCCGCAGAGCCCCCCCAGCCCCCCGGAGCACCGACAGCGAGGCCGAGGGGAGCCUGGACGAGCAGGACAGCCUGGGGGCCUGCUUCAAGGACGCUGAGUACAUUUACCCCUCGCUGGAGUCGGACGAGGAUGAUCCCGCCCUAAAAUCGCUCCCCAAAAAGAAGAAAGUGACGGACGACGCCCCCUGGAGCCCCAAAGGUUUGGGGGGACCCCCCCAAACCCCCAUAAAUCCCCCCCUGUCCCCCCAGGAGCACCGAAAGCUGCAGCGCAGGAAGGGCCCUGCCAAGCGCCGCCCCCCCUCGCCCCCCUCCCCGGAGGAAGAAGAGGAGGAGGAAGAAGAGGAGGAAGAGGAAGACGAGGAAGAUGAAGAUCCCGAAGCUGAGCCCGAGGGGGACGCGGAGCCCGAGGCGGAGCUGGGGGGGGGCGAAGCCGAGGCCGAGCCGCCCCCGGAGCCGCCGCCGGAGCCGCCGUACCCCCCCAGCCUGGCUGACCACGAGUACACGGCGCGGCCGGGGGGGCCGGGACCCCUCCCCGGGGCUCAGCCCGGCCGCGCCCCCACCCCCAUGGCCCCGGGGGUGUUCCUGAGCCAGCGCCGGGGCCCCCCCGGAACGGCGCCCCCCAGCCACGGGAAGCGCCCGCGGAAGGGUUUGGCCACGGCCAAGCAGCGCCUGGGCCGGAUCCUCAAAAUCCACCGCAACGGGAAGCUGCUGCUCUGAGGGCGGGGCGGCCACGCCCUGCCAGGCCCCGCCCACCGCCGGCUGAACAAUGAACUAUGGGCGGGGCUGCUGCAGAAAGGGGCGGGGCCCGGCAGGACCAACCUAUCAGAACAACGUGCUUGCUAAAAAGGGGCGUGGCUUGUUAUAGGCACCGCCCAUUCAGGUGCGGCCCCACCUGUCCUCCCUGAGGCCACGCCCACAAUGCAGAUUCAGCUGAGACCACGCCCUCUCACCGCCCAAGCCACGCCCAUUGGUCAUGUAGGGUAAAACGGGCGAGGCAACAUCAAACCACGCCCACUUAGAUCCAAACCACGCCCACACAGGGUGGAGCCGAAUCCUGGCUCCGCCCACCACGGUUCCUGCCUUCCCAUUGGCCGUGGAUGGAAUAGGGGCGGGGCUUUCGCAUUUCCCGCCUCCAGGAGCUCAGGCGAUUGGACAAGCCCCGCCCCACAGCUGCGGGAGGGGCGGAGCCAUCUUUGAUUGGUCCCCGCUAGGUUUUUUUUUUUUUUUGCCCCUCCCCUAAGUGUUUUCAGGUUGAUUGAUGGGGCGGGGCCGCUUCCCAUUGGCUGCCCCUGUUUUGUAGGCGUGUCCGGAGACCGCGGCCCCGCCCCUCUCCUUUUGUAUUUGUAGAAUAAAAAAGAAAGAAAAAAACAAACAAAAAAUCCCGAAA